AGCAGGUUCAGUUGUCAGCAAGUAGAAGUCUUUUUUCCAAAUAUUUCCAAAUAUUUCUGUAACUUUAUUGAAAUUUUCUGCCUGUCUAAAUACAUUAUUCUGCAGCAGUGAGUCAUAGCCCAUCAAGGAGAAAGUUGAAUGAGGAUCAACAUAUUAUAGGCCUUGGAAAAGAAAGCAUUUUCUCUUUCUGAAUUUGCCUUCAUAAAGGGAUUCCUUCAGGUGAGCCCCUGUUCAGCCUCAAUGUCCUUUGAAGAGCUCCUGGAUCAAGCUGGAAGCCUGGGGAGAUUCCAAAUCUUUCAGUUAGUUCUCUUUUGUAUCACCAACAUCCUAACAUACCCACAUAUUGUACUGGAGAAUUUCACUGCAGCAACUCCUGAUCAUCGCUGCUGGGUCCAGAUUCUGGACAAUGACACUGUCUCUGGUAAUGAAACCAGGACUUUCAGCCAAGAUGCCCUCCUGAGGAUCUCCAUUCCCCUGGACUCAAACCUGAAACCAGAGAAAUGCCGUCGCUUCAUCCAUCCUCAGUGGCAGCUCCUUCAAAUAAACGAAACUCUCAUCAACACAGUUGAGGCAGACACGGAGCCCUGUGUGGAUGGCUGGGUGUAUGACAGAAGCUACUUCCCCUCCACCAUCAUAACUGAGUGGGACCUGGUUUGUGAAUCCCAGUCAUUAAAAUCAGUGGUUCAAACUCUGUUUAUGACUGGGUCACUGUUGGGAAGUCUGAUAUAUAGCCUUCUUUCAGACAGGUUUGGGCGGAAGGUGGUCUACCUGUGGUGCUUACUCCAGCUGGGCAUCGUUGACACUGCAGCAGCCUUCGCCCCCACCUUCCUCAUUUACUGCAUAUUACGCUUCUGGGCUGGGUUGAGUGUCGCGACUAUUAUGAUAAAUUCUUUUUGUCUUAUGUCAGAAUGGACAACAUCCCAAAGGAAGUCUGUGGGAAUAGUCCUGAUGAUGUCUUCCUACAAUAUUGGGCAAAUGUUCCUUGGAGGACUGGCUUUUGCCAUUCGAAAGUGGUACAUACUGCAACUGGCUAUGUCUGUACCCUUGCUUGUCCUCCUCUUCCCCUCCAGGAAGUUGGUGGAGUCCUUCCGGUGGCUGAUUGUCAGAAAUCAGCUAGAAAAGGGUGUAAAGGAACUUAGAAGAGUUGCACACAUAAAUGGAAAAAAGAAUGCUGAAGAGACCCUGACCAUAGAGUUUGUGAAAUCCACCAUACAGAAGGAGUUGGAUGCAGUCCAGGUCAAACCAUCAAUUUUUCAAUUGUUCCAUGCACCCAAAGUGAUUAUGAGAACCUGCUGCUUGUGCUUUUUCAGAUUUUCAAACGCUGUAUCCUUUUAUGGCCUCAUCCUCAACCUGCAGCAUCUGGGGAGCAAUAUCUUCCUGUUCCAGGUUCUCUUUGGAGCCAUCAUGCUCACAGCCAGCUUUGUUUCCCUUUGGACUCUGAAUUACAUGGGUCGUCGGACAAACCAGAUAUUGUUCUCUUUCCUGGCCGGAGUCUCCAUUCUGGUCAACACAUUUUUGCCCCAAGAAAUGCAGACUCUGCGUGUGUCUUUAGCAACUUUGGGAAUUGGAUCUGUUUCUGCUGCCAUCACUGGUUAUGUUAUUCACCAAAUUGAGCUCCUCCCCACUGUAUUCAGGUCAAUACUGAUGGGCAUCAUUUCAGGAUUCCACAGAAUAGGGGCAAUAGUGGCUCCUCUCCUGAUGACCUUCCUGGGGUAUUCUCUCCGUCUGCCCUGGAUCAUCUAUGGAGUCAUCACCCUCCUUGCUGGCCUUGUUAUCUUGCCCCUUCCAGAAACCAGGAAUCAGCCUCUUGCUAACACCAUCCAGGAUGUGGAAAAUAACACAAAAUAUUCAAGAAAAGUAAAGCAGGAAGAUACUUCCACAAAAGUAACACAGUUUUAACAACUUCCCAAGAGUUGAUCCAAAGAAGAAUAAAAUAAGAAGUAAAAAGUCAAGAUUCUUCUUUAUGCCAAUAAAACUAGUCAAAAAUAUAAUGGACAAAUGCCACCUAAAAUCACUCAAUAUACAAAUUUUCUCAAAA